AUGGCCUCCUCCACCAUGCGGUUCUGCCUCGCGGCCGCCGCCGUUGGCCUUCUCUUUCCGGCCAGCACUGUCGCCGCCGCUGACGCCGGCUGCUCGUGCGGCUUCUACGACGACAUCACCGGCGACCUCUUCACCGAGUCUCUGAUCCAGUACUUCAACGAGACCUCGGACCUGGACCACUUCGUGCUCGAGAACUUCGAGCACAAGUCGGAGAAGAGCUGGAACAGCAAGUUCCGCCAGGGCGCCCUCCCCGACAAUGUCAUCGCCAACUACACCAUUGCCAGCAACGUCACCAAUGGCACCUCGCUCGGCCUCGUCUGCGACCCGUACACUGACGCCCACGUUGUCAAUGGCGGCAGCGUCAGAUCCAAGCGCCGCGAUAUCCAAUACGGCUCCUUCCGCUCCCUUAUGCGCGGCCCCGCCAUCAAUGCCGGCGGCAGCUCCAUGACCAUGAGGCUGCAGUUCAACGAGAGCGAGUCUCUCGAGAUCAACGUCAUGAACACCGACUCCUACGCCAAUGCCUGGGUCAACACCCUGAUGCAGGGCGAGUGGCCGGACCGUGACCUGGGCAUCAACUACACCGUCCUCGGCAACAGCUCGCUGGCCAACGGCACCGCUUCGCCGCAAGACUUCAUGGAGUUUCGCAUCGACUGGACCGACAAGGAGGUCCGUUACUUUGUCGGUCAGAACAACAGUCGCACCGUGACCAAGAAGAAGCACGGCUCUGUCCCCAUGACCCCCUCGCCCUUGUACUUCCGCCACUGGUCCAUCGGCAACACUUACGCCAUGGAGGGUCCCCCAAACUGGCGGUCUGCUGCCAAUGUCGGCUGGAUGCGCAUGUUUUUCAACACGUCAACCAUGACGGACGAGCAACACGACGAGUUUGACGCCAGAUGUACCUUCGAGGAUGCCUGUUCCAUGAACGACAUGAGCCUUCGGCUGGUCUCCCCUUACCACACCAAUGCUACGGUGAAGUGGAAGUAUCACGACCCCCGUGGCGGCCUGCUCACUGCGCCCAUUUGGAUGUCCGUCAUCAUGGCCGUGUUCUCGACGUUCCUGUUGAUCCAUGCCUUUGUGAAGAAGGCGGUCGGCAAGCAAGCCCCCGCUGGCCACGGCCAGCCGAAAGAGUCUGCAUCGGACUCGGAUCGUUCCUCCCCGGCUCCCGCCUAUCGAUCCACCGAACCCAGCAUCAUUGCGUCCAGUAGCACAACACCGUUCAACCAAACGCGACCUUCGACCCCGGACAAGAAGAACAGCGCCGAAGCGCCUCCCCGACGCUCGGACUUUACUCCGUCCGCAUCGGGAACCUCAACUCCACUGCCCCGCUAUGAGAGCAGGGAAUAUCUUGGCAGAUAUGACGACGAUUUGAUAAGUCCUGUUUCCUCGACGCCGAAUUUGCCGAACGGGGCUCCCGACCCAUCUUUUUACCCUCCGACUUCGACCAGAGCCUCGUCGCUAAGGAAUGCCGUGGUCUACACCGACGACAGUGCUAUGCCAGAAUUUGCGCUUCCAGAUUCGGCCAGGGAUUCCGCGCAGACGCUCGUGCCCAGAACUCCCAUGUCCCCUCUCUCGCCCAAGUCACCAUCCUCCCCAGCACCAUGGUCGCCAAAGAACAGGGAAAAGGGAUUCGGAGCUGCCAGAGUCAAGGAGGUGGCCGAAGAGCCCAAAGAGCAUCCCCUCAAGACCACCACGAUUGCGGGUGAUGCUAAAGCUGCUGACAAGAUUCCCACCGCGAAAAAGGCCCGUGUUGACUAUUUGGCCGGGCUGGUUGCGCUUUGUUCGAUAUUCGUCACCUUGAUCCAUUUCCACCUGACUUACGUGCCGGCCGUGGUCAUUCCAGGAGCCUUUGUCCACUAUCCCAGCGAGCUUUGGGCGGAGAAGCUCAUCUCCCCGUUCAUCAUGAACCAGAUGUGGCUCGGUGUCUUCUUCACGACUUCGACCCGCUUCUUGUCCGCGAGGUAUUUCCGCGAAGGCAAGUUGGAGGUCAUUGCAGAGCGUGCCGUCAAGCGUGCGCCGCGUCUCAUGAUCCCCGUCACUGCCAUGGUCCUUCUGGAGUACUUCUUCAUCGACGUCGGUGCGACCAAGUACCUCGAGUACGUGCCUUCGGUGUCCUGGUCCACCUGGGGUUACGUGGCCAAGUUUCCUUCCGCGGGCCAUUUCAUCAGCGAGAUUCUCGAGCUCGUCUAUCUCAUCCCCAAUGCCGUGCCGCAGAUUACGUUCAAUUACUGCACUGGUGUCCUCUGGACCAUUGCCGUGCAGUUGCAGGGAUCCUGGAUUGUAUUGCUCGGAGCGAUUGUCAUCCGCGAGAUCAAGACACCCUGGAAACGCUUUGGCUACUACGCAUUCUGCGUCCUGCAAAACUGGUACGCAAGGAAUUGGGGCAGCUUCUUCUGGCUGGGUCUCAUGCUCACCGACCUGGACAUCACGUACAAGUGGCGGAAGUACCUGUACCCACGUCCCUUGGCGUACUACCCGUUGAUCGGUUUCUGCACCUUCAUGACUCUGAUUGGUUUCACGAUGAACCUUCUGCCACAGUGGGUCAGCUUCAACUUCACCACGCAUGAGAACGGAAUCCACCCGGACCAGGAGACUGGUCUCCCCAUUGUGCAGACGGAGCGCUAUGCGUACCCCAACUACUACGAGCCUCGCUUCAACAUGCUUCUCUUCGCAGUCGGCAUGCAGGCCAUUGUGGAGCUGUCGACUGUGGUGCAGAAGAUCUUGUCGUUCCCGGUGCUGGUUUGGGUUUUCCCGCACAUCUUCACCAUCUACCUCAUCCACGGCUUUGUCUUCUGGAGCUGGGGCUCAUGGCUCCUCGUGACCCUUGCCCACCAAGACUUUGUCUACUGGCUGAAUGCCCUCCUCGUCGGGGUGACUUGCUACGGCAUCAUUCUGCUGUCAUUGCCAAUCGUCACGCCCGCCAUCGAGAUUCUCGGGCGCGACAUCACCAUCAACAUCUGGGAGUUUGCCAACGUGAAGCCGCCGCCGAAGAAGGACACGCUUUUCCCGUUCAACAAGCACGAGCUUGGCAUGGACGGUGAAAAGAGCGAGGGCCAGACGGUGGUCGAGGAGGUGCGAGAGAUCAGGGGGGAACAUGACGAGAAGCAUCAGGUGAAGUUUGACGAGAGAAACAUGGUCUAA